CUUGCAAUUGUGGGAUAUUUAUUUUCCGCCACGGUAUAUUUAUGCAGUCAGAGUCAAUUGCUUAUCUUUUCUUUGCGAAAAGUUUAACAAAUAUGUCUUCUACUGCUGUUCAAUGUGCUUAUAUUGGGUUAGGUGCCAUGGGCAAAAGUAUGGCCGGCCACAUAGCUCGAAAAAUCACUUCAUUGAAUUAUCCACCUCUUUUAGUAUACAAUCGUACACAAGCACGCGCUGAAGAUUUCCAGAAAGAAAAUCCUCAGAUAAGCAAAGCUGCUUCAUCACUUGAAGAAAUUGCUAAGAAGGCCGAUAUCAUCUUCUCCUGUUUACUCAAUGAUGCUGCUGUCCAAGAAACUGUCAAAGCUCUUAAGCCCCAUUUGAAAUCUGGUGCUAUUCUUGUUGAAUCUUCUACUAUUGCUCCCGCUAUUGCCCAAGAUUUGGCCAAGCAAUUAAAAGAGAAAGAUGUCACUUAUAUUGCUUGUCCCGUCAUGGGCCCACCUGUGAAAGCCGCUUCCGGCGAUUUAACUGUUUUAAUGGCUGGUGGAAAUCCUGAAACACGUGAGAAGGUUAAGUCUCUUCUAAUCCCCGUUAUUGGUAAGAAAGCGAUUGAGUUGGGAAUGGAUGAUGUCGCUGAGUCGUUACGACUUAAGUUGUGCGGUAACUAUUACAUUACUGGUUUGGUGGAAUUGAUUGCAGAAGGUAUGACAUUGGGUGAAGCAGCCGGUGUAGGUCAACAACAUGUCAAAGAAUUGUUGGAUUGUGUAUUUCCUAAUACGCUGUUGGGUGUCUAUGCUGGCCGUAUGUUAAAUAACACAUAUCGUGAUCAAGUUGCAUUCUCCAUGUCUGCUGCCAAGAAAGAUGUUAACCAUAUUAUGGAGAUGGCAAAGGAUGUGAAGGCGUCUGUCCCCAUUACCGAAGUGUUUUUGGACCACUUAAACCAAGUGCAAGCAGAGCAAGGCGAUCUUGAUUUGUCUGCUGUCGUCGGAAAACUUAGACAAAAAGCCGGCCUCGACUUUGAUUUGAAAAAGCAGUAAUUACAUUAUGUUUGUAUAAUGAUCAAUUAUUUAAUAAAGCAUUUUAUCUUGCAUUGACACAGGCAUCAACCCCCUUCCCCACUUUUAUAAACAUCCGUACAAGGACA